AUGAGUUCAUUGAAAUAUCAUCGUGAAAAACGACACCAUUCAAAGAAGGAAAAAAAAUUGAUCAAACUAAUAAAACCUACUUCAGAAUCGGAAGAUGAAGGCAGUGAACAUGAAUUAUCAUAUUAUUUAAAUGAUAAGGUAAAAUUGAUGAAAGAAGUUUUGAAGAUUAUUAAACCCAAAAAGAUAAGAACUAUGGCUCCAGAUUGUAUAAAAAAUAUGGACAGUGAAGAGAUUAAUUCUAUGCUGUUAGAUGAGUUGUUGGGAAUUUCAAAUAAACGACUUAAACACAUUUUUAAUGGACAAAGUCUGAAUGAAGAGGAUAGUUCAACUGAUCCAGAAGAGCAAGCAGAGGAUAUAAUUUCUUUAGAUGAUAUUAGUGAUGAUGACUUAGUAAUAGAUUUAGAUUCUGAUCAAGAAUCAAAAAAGAAAAAGAAAAAACAUAGAAUGAAAGUAAAAGAAGAAACAAAAAGGAAGAAAAUAAAAAAAGAAAAGCAUGACAAAGAACAUGAAAAUAAGAAAUCUGAAAUAGAAAAUCCCAUGAGUAAAAGCAAUCUGAUGAGCGUAUUAGAAUUGUUAGAACUUCAGGCUAGAGCCAGAGCUAUUAAAUCUCAGCUAGCUUUGGAAACCAGAAUUUCUGAGACAACUAAAGAAAAAUCACCCAAAGUGAAAUCUGAAGAAGAUGAUGAUGAUGAUGAAGUUAUAGUUGAAAGUCCUAAGAAUAUUGAGAUAAUUAUUACAUCUAGUGAAUCAGAAAAUGAAAGCAAUUCACGAAAGGUUAAGAUUAGUAAGAAAAGUGGUAGGCAAACUGAAAAAGCUGCUCCUCUCACAGAAGUAUCUGGAAAUGUAAGAAUAAUUAACCAAACUACAAUUAGGGAAGCAGACAAUACUUGCAAAUCCUCAGAAAAAGACAUAGAUGUUUCAAAUAAUUCAAAAAAUAACAGCAAUGGAGAUAUUGAAGAACAAAGGGACUUGCACGAUCAAACAACAGAAUCUCAAACACCUGAGAGCUCUGAAAAAACUAAAACAAACAGUGAAUUAGCAACAGAUGAUCACCAAGAAGUUCAAAAUUGCAAUGAUCACAAGAAAGAAAUACAAGAAGAGGAAAUUGUAGAUACAUCAUCAGUUUCUAAUAAAAAAUUAAGUGAUAAUAACCAAAAUGAAAAAGAUAAUUCCAGUCUUGAAUCAAAUUCAAGACCAGAACAUCUUCCUGAAAAGUUAAUUUCCACUUCUGAAGAAAUGAGUAAAUUUCAAGAGAAGGAUAAUGAAACUUCCAAGUUAGAUGAACAAGAAGUGAAUAACUUGAGUCCAACUAUCAAGAAUAAAUCGAAAAUAAGACUGUUAAGUAAACUAAAAAGUAUCAAACAUGAGAAAGAAUUGUUAUAUAAAACAGUUAAAAAGAAAAGUAAAAAGGAAGCAAAAGAAGUGAUUAACAGUUCUGAUGAUAGUGAAGGAAUUAUUAUAGACCUUGAACAGACUGAGAUGGAUUGUAUAAAUUUAGAUUAA